AUGGCUGCCUCCCACGCCUGCCCUCUCGUCUUCAGGGUAGACCCCUUCACUGACUACGGCUCCUCCCUCACCAUCUCCCUGCCCGCUGCCCUGCAGCCUCACCAGCCCUUCCAGAUCAUCGUCCGCUACACCACCACGGACGGCCCAGCCAUCUGGUGGCUGGACCCAGACCUAACUUGUGGCAAUACCAAGCCAUUUGUCUUCACCCAGGGCCAUUCAGUGUGUAAUCGGUCCUUCUUCCCCUGCUUCGACACGCCGGCGGUGAAAUGCACCUACUCAGCUACAGUCAAGGCCCCUGCAGGAAUCCAGGUGCUGAUGAGUGCCACCCAAAGUACCUAUUCGGAGGAGGAGGGCGUAUACCAGUUUUAUAUGGAAUAUCCGGUUCCUGCCUAUCUUGUGGCUCUGGUGGCAGGGGACCUCAUACCGGCAGACGUUGGCCCCAGGAGCAGGGUGUGGGCAGAGCCUUGUCUGCUGCCAACAGCCAUCAGCAAGCUGUCUGGCAUGGUGGAGCGCUGGCUGAGUGCUGCAGAGAGCCUCUAUGGCCCCUACAUAUGGGGAAGAUACGAUAUUGUUUUCCUUCCGCCAUCCUUCCCCAUUGUUGCCAUGGAGAACCCAUGCCUGACCUUCAUCAUCUCUUCCAUUCUGGAGAGUGACGAGUUCCUCAUCAUCGACAUCAUUCAUGAGGUUGCACACAGCUGGUUUGGCAAUGCCGUCACCAAUGCCACCUGGGAGGAGAUGUGGCUGAGCGAGGGGCUGGCCACAUAUGCACAGCGCCGGAUCACCACUGAGACCUGUGGUGCUGCCUUUACCUGCCUGGAGACUGCAUUCCGUCUUGAUGCCCUCCACAGACAGAUGAAACUUCUUGGGGAGGACAACCCAGUUAGCAAGCUUCAGGUUAAGCUGGAGCCAGGUGUGAAUCCCAGCAAUCUGAUGAACCUGUUCACCUACGAGAAAGGCUACUGUUUUGUUUACUACCUGUCCCAGCUUUGCGGAGACCCCAAACACUUUGACUCCUUCCUCAGAGCAUACAUUGAGAAAUACAAGUUCACCAGCGUUGUAGCCCAAGAUCUUUUGGAUUCCUUCCUGAAUUUUUUUCCAGAACUGAAAGAGCAAUGUGUUGACAACAAAGAAGGGCUGGAGUUUGAACGUUGGCUUAAUGCUACAGGACCUCCAUUAGUUGAGCCAGACUUAUCUCAGGGAUCCAGUCUGAUCAGACCAGUGGAGACACUCUUCAAACUCUGGACCACAGAGCCUCUUGAUGCCGUUGCUGCUGCCAGCAGCGUUGACAUCACUAAAUGGAGAACGUUCCAAACUGUGCUUUUUUUGGACAGAUUGCUGGAUGGGUCACCGCUGCCUCAUGAGGUGAUAAAAAAGCUUUCAGACUGUUACUCCUCUCAGCUAGACUCCAUGAAUGCAGAGAUCCGUAUCCGCUGGUUGCAGAUCGUAGUCCGAAAUGACUAUCACCCAGAUCUUUACAAAGUCCGACACUUCUUGGAAUACCAGAUGUCUCGAAUGUACACAAUUCCACUGUAUGAGGACCUCUGCACUGGCACCCUGAAGUCCUUUGCCUUAGAAGUUUUCUACCAGACCCAGCACCAGCUGCACCCCAACUUGCGGAAAACCAUUCAGCAGAUCUUGACACAGGGCUUGAAUCCGCUUCCCACCAUAGACACUACAGCAGUUGCCAUAGACACGCCAACUAUGGUGCUUGAGGACAAGCCCUCAGAGGCCGCUAACAGUGCCAUUUCACUCAGGGAUGUUAACGUGUCUGCUUAGAUCACCAUCUCAUACCAGGCAGGAAACUUAAGGCAGCGACAGGAACAGAGGAAAAAUGCAGGACGCUGCCUCCUUUUUCUCAGCCUAACAGCUGCAGUCUUUUGUGACUGGAUGUUUUAAAAAUUCCCCAGACACACAGCAAAUGUGCCUUCAAGUGCCCGACACAGCUGGGUUUCAGGGAUCUCUUUCAGAAGUGAGCAGGAACUACAGUGGGAUGGCUAUUUUGAUUCGUUGCAUCAUGGGCAGGGAUUUCAUGGCGUUUUCCCUCUGCAAGUGGACAGUUUUCUUCUUGGGGGCUCUUAUGAACUGGUUUGUGUUGAGUAAACUGAGGCGACACGCAGUACCUGCUGUGUGUAGCAUCAGGGUCAAAAAGCAGGAUAAAGGGGAUUAGGGCCAGAGCUCUGUAAAGAAUAGUCUUUUAAGAUUUUAAAGUGGUAGCCAACAUGUUUUCUGCUUGUGCUGUUUACUGAGACAGAAACGUGGGAUUUGGGCAGUGGAGAACUAAUCCUUACGUAAGGUGAGAAUCUAGUUUAAAACAGCACUUGGGUUUCAU